CCGCGCCGGCCCCCAGCUGCCCGCCUCUGCCCGCAGGUCCCGCCCGCGGUGUCCACCAUGCCCCAGGCCUCGGAGCACCGCCUGGGCCGGAGCCGGGAGCCACCUGUUAGCGUCCAGCCCCGCGUCGGGGCCAAGCUGGCCUUCGCGCCCCGCGCGCGCAGCCGGGAGCGCCGGACCUCGGCCCCCGGGCCCAGCGCCCUGCUCCGCCCGCUGCCCCCCGAGGACCGGCUGCAGAAGCUGGAGCUGGGCCGGGGCCGCCGGCCGGGCCCCCGGCCCAAGGGGCCGCUGCGGGCCGACCACGGCGUCCCCCUGCCCGCCUCGCCGCCCCCCGCGGGGCCCCUGCCGCUGCCCUCCCGCACCAACCUGGCGCGCUCCAAGUCCGUGAGCAGCGGGGACCUGCGGCCCGUCGGCCUGGCCCUGGGUGGACACCGCGGGGCGGCGGGCGAGCUGAGCGCCGCCCUGAGCCGCCUGGCGCUGCGGCCCGAGCCCCCCGCCCUGCGGCGCAGCACCUCGCUCCGCCGCCUGGGGGGCUUCCCGGGCCCCCCGUCCCUGCUCAGCAUCCGGGCCGAGCCCCCCGCGGCCCACGGCGCCUUCCACAUGAUCGCGGCCCGGCCGGCCGAGGCCUUCUACACGGCGGACAAGAUGGCCCAUCACACGCUGCUCCUGGGCUCGGGCCACGUGGGCCUGCGGAAUCUGGGCAACACGUGCUUCCUGAACGCCGUCCUGCAGUGUCUCAGCAGUACGCGGCCACUCAGAGACUUCUGUCUGCGCCGAGACUUCCGGCAGGAGGUGCCCGGCGGGGGCCGCGCCCAGGAGCUCACGGAAGCCUUUGCAGAUGUGAUCGGAGCCCUGUGGCACCCCGACUCCUGCGAGGCUGUGAACCCCACCCGCUUCCGCGCCGUCUUCCAGAAAUACGUCCCUUCUUUCUCGGGAUACAGCCAGCAGGAUGCCCAGGAAUUCCUCAAGCUGCUCAUGGAACGGCUUCACCUUGAGAUCAACCGCCGGGGUCGCCGGGCGGCCCCCAUCCUGGCCAAGCACCCAGCCUCGGCUCCCCCCCGCCGCGGAGGGGCGCUGGUGGAGGACCCUGAGUUAAGCGACGACGACCGAGCCAACCUGAUGUGGAAACGGUACCUGGAGCGAGAGGACAGCAAGAUUGUGGACCUGUUCGUGGGCCAGUUGAAAAGUUGCCUCAAGUGUCAGGCCUGCGGGUACCGGUCCACGACCUUCGAGGUGUUCUGUGACCUCUCCCUCCCUAUCCCCAAGAAAGGGUUUGCCGGCGGCAAGGUCUCACUGCGGGACUGCUUCAGCCUCUUCACCAAGGAGGAGGAGCUGGAAUCCGAGAACGCCCCGGUGUGUGACCGGUGUCGGCAGAAGACGCGGAGCACCAAGAAGCUGACGCUGCAACGGUUCCCGCGCAUCCUUGUGCUCCAUCUGAACCGGUUCUCGGCCUCUCGGGGCUCCAUCAAGAAAAGCUCUGUGGGGGUCGACUUCCCGCUGCAGAGGCUGAGCCUGGGGGACUUCGCGAGUGACCGAGCGGGGAGCCCCGUGUACCAGCUGUACGCGCUGUGCAACCACUCGGGCAGUGUCCACUGCGGCCACUACACCGCGCUGUGCCGCUGCCAGACGGGCUGGCACGUGUUCAACGACUCCCGCGUCUCCCCGGUCAGCGAGAACCAGGUGGCGUCCAGCGAGGGCUACGUGCUGUUCUACCAGCUGAUGCAGGAGCCCACGCGGUGCCUGUGACCCCCGGCCCCGGCCCCCGAAGCCCCCCGCUCCCCACUUACCUCAGAGACGUCUAUUUUUGUGUCUUUUUAAUCGGGGCGGGGGGAGGGGGGUGUAGCUCCCGUUAUUUUUUUUAUUGACAGGUCCCCGUCCCCCUGGAGGCCCCGUCCCCCUCCCGCGCCCCGGCCCGCCCGGCCCGUGUACAGCCCCCACCCUGCGACCUCACUUUUUGUGAAUAAAUUUAUUAAGAAAAAG